AUAAUUAUAAGAAAUUAUUUAAUUAAUAGUGAGAUAAUUUAGAGCGGCGCAUACCCACAUCUUAAACCGGUAUAUUGAAAAGGACCGGUUGGUUGGUUAUCUCCGGAAGGUUUCUCUGUAAAAUAGCCUUAAAACUUUUUGUCUUGUAAAUCAAAACUCAUAAACCCUUCCUUUAACAGCUUCGAGAAAUUUUGUAAAGGGAGGCAAAUCGAAUGGCAGUUCUUCACCGAUUGUUUCGAGCAGCUCGCGUAUGGCGCGGAUCGCUCUCUCAUCCUCCGUCGCAGCCACGUGGACGCGAGCUUCGUCGAUGUUUCCAUCACGGAACCGUUGAGCAGAGUAAUUCAAAAGCAAGUGAUGUUCUGAGAUCUUGCAGCACCUUAAACGAAUCUCCAUGCUUUUCUAUGGCGCCUGCAGUUUUUGGUGCUCUCUUUAGCCUUGGAGCGAUUGGAGUAGCUUAUGCUGAUUCUGAUGAGGCUAAUUACAAGUCAUCUUCCCCUAUAGAUCCUCCCCCAAACCAUGUAGAAGACAUUUCCAAGAAAGAUGAGGUUAGUAACAAGUCAUCUGUCCCAGCAGAUCCUCCACCAAACUAUGCAGACAUUGCCAAGAAAGAACGAGCUCGGAUCCAAGAACUAAUACAAAGUAAAGGAACUCAAUAUGGUUCUUUCCCACGGUUCAAUGUCUCUGUCAGGGGCCAAAAGAUUACCUUGAAGUUUCAAGUUCCUUCCACAUGUGAAGUUGCACAGUUAAUAGCAAACAUUGGAUCACAACUAGGUGUGAAAGUCUCAGACCGCACUGGUGGUUCAGACAUGAUUUUGCGUUCUUGGGACAAUCCAGUUGCUUGGCAAAUAACACUUCGAAGUGUGGAAAAGAAGAAGGAAGCAGGAGCAAGUGAGGAUGAUCCAGAUGAAGACCUGUGCAUUCUUAUCUUUGGCUCCUUACUUACCUCUGAUAAAGUGGAAGUUGAGUUCAUAAAGAAGGGAAGCUUGACUACUGAAGAACUCGAGGCUUUUGUUUCAGCUCUGCAAGUAGCUGGAACAAAACCUGGACAAAACAAAGGAGGAGGUAGAGGAAGCGCACGUGAAGCAUCUACGGACAAAACUAUUUCUCAAUUGGAAUCGAUGGGAGUGAGAAUCUAUGGAGUUAACAAACCUCUUGGAGAUGAUGAUUCUGUCCACGAGAUAUCAUGGGACAAUAUCGCUGGAUAUGAACAGCAAAAACGAGAAAUAGAAGACACAAUACUGAUGGCUCUUCAUAGUCCUGAAGUAUAUGAUGAUAUAGUUCGUGGUACACGGUCUAAAUUUGAAUCAAACCGACCCCGAGCUGUGCUGUUUGAGGGUCCACCAGGAACUGGGAAGACAUCUUGUGCGCGUGUUAUCGCUAAUCAAGCAGGCAUACCGUUGCUAUAUGUGCCGCUGGAAGCUGUAAUGUCUAAGUACUAUGGUGAAAGCGAGCGGCUUCUUGGUGCUGUGUUUUCACAAGCAAAUGAGCUCUCUGAUGGUGCAAUUAUAUUUCUUGAUGAGAUCGAUGCCUUUGCUAUAUCUCGUGAUAGUGAGAUGCAUGAAGCAACACGUAGAGUUUUGUCGGUGCUACUAAGGCAGAUUGAUGGAUUUGAACAGGACAAGAAAGUGGUUGUGAUUGCUGCAACCAAUAGAAAACAAGAUCUUGAUCCCGCUUUAAUCAGCCGGUUCGAUUCCAUGAUCAUGUUUGGCUUACCGGACUUACAAACCCGUCAAGAAAUCAUCGCCCAAUACGCAAAACAACUCUCAAAGCCUGAACUAGUCCAGCUUGCUCAUGCCACAGAAGCAAUGUCAGGCAGGGAUAUUCGAGAUGUAUGUCAAGGAGCAGAACGAACAUGGGCUUCAAAGUUGAUUCGUCGAGCAAAAGCAGAUGGGGUAGAACAACAACAACAAGUGACUCUCCCUCCAAUACAAGAGUACUUGGAAAGCGCUGAAGCUCGCCGCAAAGCUCUUCGCAGUGUCGCUGAACAGAGGGAACAGAAUUUGGCCGUUCGUUCCAAGAAGCCUUUGCUAGAUUUUGAGUGAUGAUAUACAUUUGAAAAAACAUUACUUCGGAACAAUAACAUAUAUAUACAAGGCAGUUUUACUU